AUGGCAUUUUUGGGCAGUGGUGGCAAGGAGGGGCCCAGAGCAAUGGGGCAGCCCGAGGGGGUCUUCCUGAGAGAUGGCCUCUUCCUCCGAGCUUACUUAUCCCAAGUCACCUCCUAUCACCCCAAACUCCCAAGAAACAAUCUCCAGCUCAGAAAUAAUCCAGCGCAGUGCUCAGUGGCGGUGGCUCCUUUGGUUACUUGGAAGGGCACAAAACCACUCCUCGAUGGGAAGGGGGUACACACAGGAAGGACACCUACAGGCCGAGGGGGGCGUGGCAGGAGCCAGCAGGGUGCAUGGAGGCCCCGUUCAACGCCCUCUAAUCGCCAGCGCCACCACCGCUGCCACAAGUCCGAUCACUGGCCUCACACCGAGGCUUUCUCGGUUGCCCCGACGACGUGUCCGGACCGCAGUCAGCUGACCGCUAGAGACGCCCCCACGCUCUCUGCCCCUAUAAAGGCUCAGUCUUGGGGUCGAGGCCGCCUCUCUUGGACUUCCCUACUCCAACUCCAGUUCCCGGGCGACGUGAGGAUUAGUCUCGUGGGGUGGGGGUUCCGGAGCGGUCGGCGGAGGGAGGGAGGUAGUGGGGAGCCCAGGCCACGGGCAACAGUCACCGAGACACUCGCUGUGCGCAGAGCCCUUGCCCCAAACUUCCAGUCGGGAGCCCGGGAGAGACGCUGGGCAUCAAGACGGGUGGCAGCCUGCCCGGCCGCUGCUCCCAGCCCGCCGAGGUCGCCACCUCACCCCCACCCCCACCCCCACCCCCACCCCUGCUGGCCUCUCCCCGUGCUCAAGACCGGAGACCCAGCCGUCUCUGCCUCUCCUGCAGCCACUUUAUUGCCUUCGGCCCUGAAUGAAGCCCGCAGGCGGCGGCCCCGGGGAGAGCUGGGAAUGGCCACCGUGCCCCUCAGCCAGCUGCUGCCCUGGACCUGCCCUGCCGACGUGCGGCUCUGCGGCCACCUGUGCGCAGACCCGCCGCGUCCCGAGUGUUCCAAAAGCGAGCAGAAGUUUCGGCGGGCCGAGCGCAGCCCCAGCCUGGCGGGCGCGUGCACCACCAGCAAGUGCGCAGACGCGCGCCAGCACCACCUGAUCGUCCUCUACACCUGCGACAGAAGCCUGCGCGUGGCGGUGGCAGGCGAGGCGGAGCAGCAGGCGUGAUACAACGCCCUGCUCGGGGAGCGCGGUGCCGCCGGUGAGGCCCGAGCCCCAGGCUUCCGGGGGCCCCGGGGGCUUGUGGCUGUGGUUUCUCCGUGGCUCGCCCCUCCC